AUGCCUUUUUUAAACAGUGUUAUUGCAGAUUACAUGGAUCAAUUGAAUAAGAAUCUCACGCUCUCCAAGGAUCAGGGUCUUACGACCAACUUGUUUGGCCAGAUGUCGGUGGCUCUUGUUGUUGCUUCCACUUUUGCUCCGGUGAUCUGGGUAGCGGUGGCCUCAACAGUAGUUAUGACUACUAUCUCGAGUUCAACAACAAUUAACUACUAUGGCGGUUGGAUUUUCUAUUCACGAGCCUUCGGCGUCCCUAUCUCCUGCCAAGAGAGGGACAGGUUCUUGAUCUCCAUGGUAACUGCUGGUCAGGAUAAUGUAUUGAGCUCUGGUGACCUUUCUAAGGAGCGAGAUGAGCUGAACAAGACUAUUUCAGACAACCUAUAA